UUCCUUCAUAAUGGAGGCUUCUGGACUUUUGAGCAUCUUGGUGCUAUCCCUCCUUCUAGUGAAUGUCCAGGGACCUGCUCUCACUGACUGGUUCUUUCCCCGUAAAUGCCCCAGAAUCCAGGGUAAUUGUGAAUUCAAAGAAAGGGAUGAAUGUUCGAAGAACAAAAAGUGCCUGAAGCAUGAGAAGUGUUGCUUCUUCAGCUGCGGAAGAAAAUGCUUAAACCUCCAACAAGACAUAUGCAGUAUGCCCAAAGAAGCUGGCCCCUGCAUGGCUCUUUUCCAUCGUUGGUGGUAUGAUAAGACAAAUAAUACUUGCUCCAGCUUCAUCUAUGGCGGUUGUAAAGGAAACAAUAACAACUUCCAAUCCCAAGCUGUAUGCCAGAGUGCCUGCUCUGCAAAGGGCUCUAAUUCCUGAAAGCGAAAGGAUACACUGCAACCACCACCGGGAUUCAGCUCAUGACCAAGCGCUGUCCAUGUGCCUGCAGAUGAUCCAGGCUGGCUUCCACUCUUC